AUGUCUCUGGACCGCUCGCCCAGCCCCCAGCGUGACGGUGGAUGGUCAUCACCGGGCCUCACCACCCCCUUCGAAGACGCAAAGGGCGCCAGAAUACGGGGCGUGAGCCCGAACAUGAACGGGGGCCAUGGCGUGACAUGGGCAAGUGCGAAAGCGAACAGCGAGAGGGUCAACGGCUAUCCCAGGUAUCAAAGCCAAAAUCAAGGGUUCUUCAGCCGAGUACGGAAAAUGUCCAUGAGUUUACCGCUCUUUGCACACGGCGGACAAGAAGACCGGUACGCUGAAAAGGAGAAGCUGGGAAGACGGCGGCAAGGCAGAGAUGGCGGACGGAUGGCGUGGUCAGACUUUCCAAGACGGAUAGGCCUGUUACUGUCUAGAAGACGGAAAUAUUUGGCACUGCUGAUCUUGGGUAUAUUCUUGGCGUUGUGGUGGUUCAACGCAGCCAUCACCUUUUGGUAUCGAAGAACCUCAUGGCUAGGAGGCGGCUCAAAGUUCGUCAUCAUUCUAGGUGCUAAUCAAGGAGGAGGCGUGAUGGAGUGGAAGGGCGCCAGGGAGUGGGCCAUUGAAAGAGACAGCGUGAAGAACAAGAAGCGAUACGCGGCCAAAUGGGGCUACGAACUGGACAUUGUGGACAUGAGCACGAAAAAGCGAUAUGCCCAUGAAUGGAGAGAAAGCUGGGAAAAAGUUGAUGUCAUUAGGAAUGCCAUGAAGAAAUAUCCCCACGCUGAAUGGUUCUGGUGGCUGGACCUCAACACCUUCAUCAUGGAACCGAACCUCUCCCUCCAAAAACAUAUUUUCAACGACCUUGGUCAUACUACGUACCGCGACAUCAACGUUUACAACCCUCUGAAGAUCCAACAUCCGCCGAAUGGAACCUCCGGCGACCCGAACGCGCCCCAUUUUGCGAAUUACCUCGACCCCGAAAGCUUGUCAGCAGUUGGCGAUGGCAAACCCGAAAGCGUCAAUCUCAUCGUACCGCAAGAUUGUGGUGGUUUCAACUUGGGCUCCUUUUUCGUAAAGAGGAGUCACUGGACGGACAGGAUUCUUGACAUUUGGUGGGAUCCAGUGUUUUACGAGCAGCGACACAUGGAGUGGGAACACAAAGAGCAAGAUGCGUUGGAGUACAUCUACACCAACCAGCCAUGGAUUCGACCCCACGUCGCGUUUGUGCCUCAGAGAAAAGUCAACGCUUUCCCGAACGGCGCGUGCGGCGAUGAUCGCGGCCUACCUGAAGGAGGCUGCAGGGCAUUGAAGAUUGGCGACGACAUGAAAGAGUGCGGCAUCCAGGGGAUCCACUACCAGGAGAAAGAGCGAGAUUUCUUGGUCAACAUGGCAGGAUGUGAAUGGGGCCGAGAUUGCUGGGGAGAAAUGUACAACUUCCGGCAACUCAGCAACAAGCUGAACCGAAGCCGAUGGGAGAAAUUCAAGGAUUGGAUCUCGGACAGCUGGAAUGAGAGGAAGGACAUGGAAAAAGCCAAGCGCGAUCAAGAGGCGUUGGAGGCCCAGCAGAAGGCUGAGCAGCAUCAGUGA